AUGGCUGUAGCCGCUAAACUCAAUAAAUUACAUAUCCCCCCGAACUCUUUAAACAGGCAGAUUACGAAGCAGGAGCUCAACCAGUCCGCUGUGACAGAAUUCAUCCUACUGGGCUUUGCCCUCAGCCCCAGGACCAACCCUCUGCUCUUCACCUUCUUAGUCUCUUACCUACUGAUCCUCGUAAGCAACAGCCUCCUGAGCACCCUCAUCCUCCAGGACAUGUGCCUGCACACGCCCAUGCACUUUUCCAUCAGGGUCCUGUCCAUGCUGGACAUGUGCUUCACCACCACUGCCGUGCCCCUGAUGCUCGUGCAGGUUCUCAGCAAGAGAAGAGCCAUCUCUUUUGCUAGAUGUGUGGCCCAGAUGUACAUCUUCCUCCUCUUUGGGAUCGCCGAGUCCUGGCUUUUCUCCAUCAUGUCCGUGGACAGGUACCUGGCCAUCUGCCACCCGCUCCGGUACAAGGUCGUCAUGAGCCGCUGUGUGUGCCUCCUCACGGUGGGCAUCUGUGCAGCCUAUGGUAUGGUGGGCGGCCUGUCCGAUACCUUCUUUGCUAUGCGCCUGCCCUAUUGUGGCCCUAAUGAAAUUGACCACUACUUUUGUGAGGUCCCUGUGGUCCUGAAGCUGUCCUGUGCAGACACAUCCCUCAAUGACUUGUUGGACUUCGUCACAGGCUUCAGCAUCACUGUGGUCCCACUCUCCCUGGUUGUCACUGUCUAUGCCAACAUCUUUGCCACCAUCAUGAAGAUCUGCUCAGCCCAGGGGCGAAUCAAGGCCUUCUCCACCUGUGCCUCCCACAUCACUGUAGUCACCAUGUUCGCCAUUCCGUGCAUCAUCUUGUACAUGAGCCUGGGCUCUGACUCCUUGUCAAACAGUGGCAAGAAAAUGUCCCUUUUCUAUAACAUGGCCACAGCCUUCCUCAACCCUGUCAUCUACAGUCUGAGGAACAAGGAUGUGAAAAAGUCUCUCCUCAAGUUGAUAGGACAGGGCAGGGCCCCAGAGUGA